AUGCUCGGCGCAUUGGCUGCCUCCGCUGCUUCUGCUUCUGCUGCUGCUUCUGGUCCCGCGCCGGCCACUGCUGCGUUCGAUGCUGCCAGUGCCUACCUUGCAUCCCCCGCCGCACACGUCCCUCGCCCAGCAGCCAUCCCGCAGCCGCGCGACAACGAACCAAACCAGUUCCAAGCAUCGCUUCCGAUCGUCAUCAACACCUGGCCAUUCACCGACGCCACUCGUGCAGCUUGGGCUUCGAUUACCACGCCGUCGACGUCAGCAGUGGACGCUGUCGAGAUUGGGUGCACUGUCUGCGAGAUUGAACAAUGCGACGGCUCUGUCGGUUACGGUGGCAGCCCUAACGAGGACGGCGAAACGACUCUCGAUGCCAUGAUUAUGGAUGGUAUCACGCACGAUGUCGGAUCCAUCGGAUGCAUCAAGCGCGUCAAGAGCGCCAUCUCGGUCGCUCGCAAGGUGAUGGAACACACUACGCACACGCUGCUCGUUGGCGAGGACGCGACUCGCUUUGCCGUGUCCAUGGGCUUCAAGGAAGAGAGCCUGACUACCAACAACUCGAUUUCCAUCUAUCAGUCGUGGAAGGCUCAGAACUGCCAGCCCAACUACCGCCUCGACACGCUGCCCGAUGCCAACACGAGCUGCGGCCCGUACAAGCCUGCACCAAACACCUCCAACCGCGGCUCCUCGCGCUACCACACGUCACCCCGCAUCAACCCGGCUGUUGGUCCAGGCAAUCACGACACCGUUGGCAUGAUUGUGAUUGACGCGAACGGCAAUGUUGCUGGCGGCACCUCGACGAAUGGCGCCUCGCACAAAGUCCCCGGCCGCGUUGGCGACUCGCCCAUCACUGGCUCUGGAGCCUACGUCGACAACAAUGUUGGUGGUGCUGCCGCCACUGGCGACGGCGACGUGAUGAUGCGCUUCCUUCCCAGCUAUCAAGCCGUGCGCAACAUGGAAGCGGGCAUGACGCCGACUGCUGCGGCUGAAGAUGCGCUGCGCCGCAUCGCAAAGUUCUACCCAAACUAUCUGGGCGCUCUUGUCGCCGUGAACAAGCAAGGUCAAUUUGGCGGUGCUGCGCAUGGCUGGAACUUUUCCUACUCUGUGCGCAACUCGACCAUGAGCGAUGUUACCGUGUUUUCCGUGACGCCGCUUGAUGCCAAGCCAUAA